UCAGUUCCACCACAUCGACGCUCGUUUCUCAGCUCUACUUUGCAGCGCUUAUCACUGCUUGGUGCAGAUUGUAUUGCACUGUCACUUUUCUCCCUUACUAACACCAGUGACUGAGACUCUAGACAAUGGAUCGCGACCGUGACCGCGAGCGGAGUAGCAACUGGAACUCUUAUAGACCCGGUGCAGGUGAUCGACGACCUUCUCCUCCUCGCCGUGAGUAUCGCAAUUCGCGCUCGCCGCCACCUCGCGGGGCUGGUCGUGCAGCAGCCGAUACAUGGGCGCCCUCAGGCGGUCGAGCUGGCGGCCGUCCGCGAAGCCGCUCUGCAGAUACCUUCCGUCGUCGAUCACGCACACCACCUCGUCCUUUUCGCGCUGAGAAUGAUAGCUGGAGAAGAAGCCCGCCUCGUCGCGCGCCUUCACCUCGCCGAGAGAAUUUCAGAAGAGAAGACGAUAGACCACGCUCGCAGUUAAGAGGAAGCCUUGGAGGCGACAGCUAUGUUGGAGGGAGAGACACUCGUCCAAGGUCGCCCAUACGUAGGGAAAGAUCGCCGCUGCCAGUCAAGAGGGGACGGUCACCUUCGCCAGUUAGAAGCAGGGGACGCUCACCGCCACCAAAGCGCGAGAGGUUCGAUUCUCCACCGAGGCGCAGGUUCGAAGAACCAAGAUCACGAGCCGAAAGGUAUCAGGUUUCCAAUGCAGUCAAUCAUAGAAGCACUGACUUGAUGGCCAGUCCCCGUAGACGCGACUUCUCUCCUCUUCCUCGCGAGAACAAUUAUCGACCGCAAGCCCGUUCGCGCUCACCCCUUCGUCGCGAUGAUCGACCAGAUCCAUACAAAGCUGAUACCUGGAGGAGAAGAUCGCCGUCACCACCACGAAACAACUUUCGCUCUGGUCAGAAUUCAGGAAGAGAGUCUGGAGCUACUUCCAGGAGGGCUUCACCUCGACCUUUCUUCCGUGGCGGCAGAGAUGACGAGCGGUCCCCUCGGGACAGGCGUUUCUCCCCUCGGCCACGCUCGCCUCUUCCGCGCGCUAGAUCCCCAGCAUUCCGCCACCGCAUUUCCGAUCGUGAGGUUGAACGAGAGCGAUCACCCGAGCCUCGAGAGUCUAUCCCUCACUCGCCCAUUCCUCGUUCACCAAUUGCUCGCUCAGCUUUGGCUUCUCCUAGAGAUCGUGAACCUCCCAAUGGUUCGUCUGUCGCACCCCCGACUGGUCCGCGCAGAGAUGCUAGUUUUACGCGCGCUCCGCCCACGGGACCCUCUGGAGCAUCUCGUACUUAUCCAUCACCCGCCAUGUCUCCUCCCUCUGGUCCAGCUGCCAUGCCUAACCGCGGUUCUAAUCCAGUUCUUGGCGCGCCAUCUCGUCCCCGAGGAGGUGGCCGUGGUAAUUUUGAAGGUCGCGGUGGCUUUGAAGGCCGCGGCGGUUUGGACUCGUCCCGCGAUUACCCUUCACGAGACUUCUCUGGCCCACCACCACGCCGCGGCUCUGGCUUUGGUCGUGGUGGCUAUGAAGGACGCGGAGGUUAUGAGGGCCGUGGAGGUUAUGAGGGUCGUGGAGGAUACGAAGGUCGUGGAGGCUACGAAAGCCGCAGCUAUGGCAAUGCGCCGCCCCCCGGUCCUCGCGGUGGCUCGUCCUCGACAUUUGCCGCGCCUGGCUUUCGUGGCUCGGCCAAUAGCACCUCAACCACAUACCCACGCACCAAGCGCUUCAACGACCACAUGGCCGACCUACCAAUGCCCAUCCCUGGCGGCGUCAAAGCCCCGGAGCUGUACGACACCACGAAGCUCAAGAAGCUGGAGGAUGAGGCGGAGAGGCUGCGCCAGGCCAUCAACGACAAGGAGGCGAAGAAAAGGAAGAGUCUGAGAGAGUGGGAGGUCAUGGAGCGGGAGAGUAAUCUGCAGGCAAUGCGCGCGGACUUGGCCGAGCAGCAGUUGAGUGCAUUGAAUGGCGAGGCGAAUAUGGGCGGUGCUGCUUUCUGAGACUGUUUCUUUUCCCCGGCUGUUGGGAUAAGCAGGAAAGGUGUGUGUGUAUAAUAGGAGAAAGUGAAAGUUGGCUUGGAUUGGGAAUCUUGCGAGAGAAAGUCUGACCCGAAGAAGCACAGGUCUUUUUCGGUUCUUUGGUGUGUCCUGGCGCAUCGAGGGUCUGUCUACUCGAAUCGGCGCGUGGUGUGUAUGAUAAUCACAGCG